ACCUCUCUUGGGUUCCAUAUAGCUCAGCAACAAUCCCCGUGUGCUCGUUCUGUGACGGCAAUUCGAAGACUGACAUUCUUCGCUAUCUCUAUCUCCCAGUCCCAAAUGGCCUCCGAUCCGCCUCAAUUUGCGUCGCCCGCCUCUGUGUCCCGCUCGGCGACAUCACGAGGCCACAUUCGAUUGCUGGCAGAUGAGAUGCUGCGCGCCUCGCUGAGCAGCAGCGGGGCCUCGCUUUCUUCGACACCGGCUGCGACUCCGCCCUCCUACCGCCGCUUGCCAGUCCCUCCCACUCCCGCCGAGUUGUUGAGCCGCAGCCGUGAGCGGAAUCCCCGUGAGAAUUGGACACGCUUGCCGGACGACGGGUCAGUGUCAAUCACCCGCGACAGUAUAAGCAAGACUAAGAGCAACGGCAACAGCAGGAGCAAAAUCAAAUCUGAAAAUAGCGACUCGUCCGCCACUACCCUCUCGGCCGACGAAACCAAGGCGCGAAUACGCGGUCUCCGACGGGAACUUGAGCGGGCAAGGGGCGAUGUACCACCGCGACCAACGACCGGAUUGUUCGAAGCAGCGUGUUCGACUGACCUGCUGUUUCUAAUCGACACUACUGGAUCGAUGUACCCCUAUAUCGUCGCUGCCAAGGAGCAAGUAAAGAGCAUUGUCGUUGAUAUCAAGAGAUCGUUUCUCAAUCAGGCCGAAGUGCGCGUCGCCGUGGUCAGUUACAAAGAUCAUGGAGACUACCCGAACAUCGAGUCCCUCGACUUCACACCAUCGACGGACCAAGUCUUCCAAUUCCUGGGCCAGUUGGGCGCUUCGGGCGGAAGGGACGCUCCCGAAGACGUGCUCGGUGGCAUAUUCCAAGCGCGGAACCUAUCGUGGCAGCAGCGAACGCGUUGCAUUAUCCACAUUGCAGAUGCACCACCACAUGGCGCUGGGGAGUUGCACGACUUGGGCAACGGCGCAGAUGACUAUUCUGUCCCUGGGAGUGAGCCGCAUGGCCUCAUCUACAAACCGCUCCUUAAAGAACUGAUCGAGUUCAACAUCAACUACGCCCUGCUCCGGGUCAAUUCAUCCACGGAUCGCAUGGCCUGGGCCUUCGCGCAGGUUUAUGCUGCCUCGAGUGCGGACGCCAAGCUUCUCCCUUCCAAUCGGUACUUUGGUCAAGUAAGUUGCACACAACCAGAAGGUCGCAACAGCGCUUGGAGUGGAGCAACAAGUAAGAAACACUCUGAUCUUCAGUUUGAGGAGAUGGAGCUGGGCACUACAUACAGUCAGCUCCGGCAUUUGGUGGUGAGGACUGUCACUAGCUCUGUUUCUCGCACGGCGGGUCGCAUGACAAUGGCCUUGAGCACUGUACCCACGCCUGUCACCACCUCUGUUUCUCGCACGGCGGCUCGCAUGUCAUCGGCAUUGAGCACUGUACCCAAGGCGCGUGUUUCCGAUCUGACGUUGAUCGCGGGGGAGGAAGGUAUCGAUGGAAGUGCAAUAAAGUUAUUUCUCGAGAAAGACCCGCCGCAGUGGGACACAGUCGGCUGGUUCGAUGAGACUCUGGUAGUCGAGGGAUUCUGUCCCGACAUGAAGCUGCAGAGUGCCAAUUCUUUGAACGAAAUGAUGAGCGCCGACGAAAACAUCAAACUAAGCGUUGCACAACUUACAAUCCACGCAAGAUCGAAACCAUUUGGUGAAGGUGCAGUACGCGUAGCCUCUUAUGCCCGCACGGAGUCCUCGACUGGCAAGUUCGUGGUAAAGUUCUUCAAAAAAGACGGCAAGAUGCUAGCCCACCUCGCUGAGGAUAUGCAAAUCCAGGCGCUCUGUAAAGCUUUCGCUCUCGAGUUCAACGGUCUGCUGAAGGAAGAGCCCCAGAUUGACUUCGUUGUAACGACGUGCCUGCAAAGUAAGGGGGAUGCAGAGUCGGAAGGCGGAUGUCUUUCGCUUGAGCCCUUUAUCGAUGGAGAAUACAUCAAGUACAAUAACAAUAGCAUGUUUGUGAAAGAAGAUUCUCCUGGCGAACCCGACCCGUUUAACCAGAUAGCACAGGCUUUCUCACACUUUACUUUCGAGCGCUCAUGGGGAUACUUCCUCGUGAACGAUCUGCAAGGAGUAAGCGGCUUGCUGACCGAUCCAUCCAUCCAGACGCGCGACCACGACAGGUUCAAGCUAGCUGACACCAACUUCCACGAGGAAGGCUUCAAAUUCUUCUUCGCUGCUCAUAAAUGUAAUUCCAUCUGUCACGAGCUAGAGCUCAAGAGCAAUGGUGAGAUGAUUAUCUCAGGCAACUACACUUUUCGGGAGCGCUGGCCGACUCUAGAGCCCACCGUUUGCUGUUCCAAUAAGCUCUGCCGACGGAUUGUCCGCUUGGCGAGCACCCAGGAGUCCGAAAAGUUCCGGGGCUACCACUGGUGCAGCGCGUGUUGGCCGCAGUUACAGUCGUCUAUGGUUAGCUGGGUCUGUGAAGGCCCCGGCCCAAAUCACGAGUUCGAUAUGUCGAGAUUCUUCUACGAGUCUCAGGGUCAGCUUGCACCCCACAGAUGUUCGGAGCACCUCGCGAAAGACAAGAGUGUGUCGAGCAUGGCCGUGAUGGGUGGGAGCCUGUGGAGUAAGAUGAAAGCUGAGGGCUCCAAAGAGUCUAUCUCUGGGAGGAGUUGGUAAGUAACCAUGACAGUUGAUUCGCGAUGACGACACCAAAGGCAAGUAGAGAGGUGGUAGAAAUAGUGUGAGAGAAGCUUCAAGAGAACAAAUCAAAAGUAGCAGUGCGCACAAUAAAUCUGGCUUCGAAGCUCAAUCAACUCAAUCCUGACGUACAGCAGAAUGUUCCAAGUUCUGACGAAUCCAAUGGGAUCCUCAGGUCUAUCUGUGAAAUAGCAAAGUGCAUCAUGAAGUUCUCUUAAAAAGGGCGGUUAGAACGGGCCACAGAAGGAUUGAAACAGUGAAAC